AUGACCUCCUCCACCUCGCGCUUCUCCAGCGCCGCCGCCACCUCUGCCACCACGGCCUUCAGCGACCCCCCCCCGGCCCCGCCACGCACCCUCCCAUCCGCCCCUCCACCAUGGCUCCCCACUCGCCUGGCCCUCUGUAUAGUCACAAUCGCCUGUAGCACGCGGUCGCUGACGGGGAUUCGGUUCGCCAUCCUGUCUGCUCUGUGCCGGGGGGCUCUGGGCGCCGCCUUGUUCAUCCACACUGUCGACUGCAGCGGGCGAGGGGUAGGGGGGGUGGAGGAGGAGGAGGAGGAGGAGGAGGAGGAGGAGGAGGAGGAGGAGGAGGAGGAGGAGGAGGAGGAGGAGGAGGAGGAGGAGGGUGAGGAGGAGGAGGAGGGUGAGGAGGAGGAGGAGGAGGAGGAGGAGGAGGAGGAGGAGGAGGAGGAGGAGGAGGAGGAGGAGGAGGAGGAGGUAAAGAAAGAGGAGGGAGGGGACGGCGGUAUCGCUGAUAGUGGUCGUGCUGGUUUGGCUGCUUGUAACGAUGGGGUUGGUGGUGGUGUGGCUGGUGUUGGUGUUGCUGCUGAGGACAACGCUGCUUGGUCUGAUUGUUUCUGCGAAAUGCGCCCUUUUCUGCGAAACACCCGCGUAUCUUGA